AGCUGCCACAAUGACAGAACUACCGCUCACUAUCAUUGACAUUUGACCUUUCAAGUCAACUAUGUCGUGAAUAACAGAAUGAACAUUCCCUCAAAAUGUCCGAAAGUACUCCUUAUACACAAACACCCAUUCUCAGAUCCGCAAGGACCAGCAUAACGCCUGGACUGAGUUUGAGAUCGGCUGGAAAGACAAGAUCCAUUAUUUUACCGACCAAUGAAGAUGAUUUGGUGGAGCAUUAUAUAGUUAUCCCUCCAGACGGAGGCUGGGGUUGGGUAAUUGUCUUCAUAGCGUUCAUCUGUAACUUCCUCAUCGAUGGAACGACGUAUACCUUCGGAAUAUUUCUCAACGACAUCAGCGAGAGUUUUGAAGUACACCCGACAAAAGUUGCUUUGGUCAAUUCUCUCAUGAGUGGAUUCUACUAUGUUAUAGGACCACUUGCUUGUGCCCUGUCGAACAGAUUUGGUUUCCGAUUCGUCGGCAUCAUAGGAGGCAUAAUGGCGGCCGCUUCCUUCAUAAUUUCCAGUUUGUUGACCGACUUCAUAUAUUUCCUGAUAAUCAUUGGAGUAUUAGCUGGAAUAGGCUUCAACAUGGUUUACACGCCCUGUAUGCUCAUCGUCGGGUUCUAUUUUGAGAAAUGGAGAGCACUUGCCACCGCUAUAUCGGUAACGGGAACAUCCAUUGGAAUCAUGGCUUUCCCUCAAAUCUUCAAUGAACUGUUGAGAGACUACCACUGGAGAUUCAAGUUUCAAAUUCUGACUGGAACGUGCAUUCUUCUCGCUCUGUUGGUCAUCACCUUCAAACCUAUAAAACCUACUAGAGUUUUAGAAGAAAAGAGAGUAUCCACGAGUCCUGCCGACAAUACAAUUGCUGAAGAAGAUUCCAUCGGGUCGUAUUACUUCGACCAGGAAAAUGAACCUUUCAGUAUAAGGAAGAUAUUCCAGCAACUGCAGAAUAAAUUCUUUCCGACUGUCCUGAACUAUUCUUCAGAAACGGGCGUUUCGAGAAAUAUGAAAGAAGACGAUCGCUCUACGUUUCUUGUGAGCAUAGGCGGUGAUACCAGUGAAGAAAGUUUUACUACAAGUGUGUUUCGGAGCCAGAGAGAAAGUAUUGCCCCGUCAGUACGUGUACCGGAGAUGAAUGAAGUCGAAGAGGAAACGAGAGAAUGUUGUAGUUGCUGUAGAAAAUGUUGCCAACAUAUCUUCCAUGAUAAACAUGUCAACAGGCCUUUGUACAGGGACGACAUAUUCUACGGGGCAUCCUUAUACAAUUUACCGGAAUAUUCGAGAAUCAAAUCCAAAAUCACUCUGGUAUCUAACUAUUCAAUCCCAAUGAGUUACGCGAUGUCCGUAUCGAGAGUUGUAACGCAGAGAGACAUCGAAGAGAGCAAGAAGUGCGUCUGCUGUCCAGAAGCUGUCGUCAGAGUUCUGGUCACCAUGCUAGAUGUGAGGUUAUUCAAAUCAAUAGCAUUCGCCAUACUCACCUUAAGCGGAUUCCUCACUAUGGUGGGGUUGUACGUCCCUUUUGUCUUUAUCGUUCAAAGAGGGUUGGAAUUGAAAUUAACUCCGGAGUGGUGCACUAUGUUGCUCACUAUAAUGGGAAUAGCUAACGCGGUUGGGAGAGUUACUUGUGGCGCCAUCUCAUUUUUUCCGGCAAUAAAUGCUCUGACGGUCAGCUGUGUAACUUUAAUAAUUGGAGGCCUGAUAACAAUGUGCUCCGCUCUCAUGAACAAUUUGGCUGGCCAGCUCAUUUUUACCAUCAUAUUCGGACUUUGUGUAGCUAGCUUCACGACAUUGCGUACUGUGGUGAUAACAAACAUGCUUGGAUUGGAAAAUCUAACUAAUGCCUUCGGGAUCACAAUAAUGUUCUAUGGAGUAGCCAGUUUCGUGGGAAUACCUCUGGCUGGGUUCAUGGAGAAUAUUUCGGGAAGCUACAGCUAUUCUUUCCUCUUCGCUGGGUGCGCUAUCUUGAUCAGUGGAAUCAUCCUCAUUCCUGUAGGACAUAUAUCGAAUAAGGAGAAGGACAAAAAGAAACCAAGAGUGCAGUUUCGAGUGUGAAAUGUUCAGUCCAAUGAAGCUAUGUGGAAUAAAAGCGAUGUUUCAUAUG